AGUCGCGUGACCGAUGAUAUAAAAGCUGGGUUCCGGGCUAAACCAACUGCAGUCGUGCUGCUAAGGUGGUAGGAUGGCGGCACGUGUGCGGAGACCGGAGCACGGCGGCCCGCCGGAGCUGUUUUAUGACGAGAAGGAAGCGCGAAAAUACAUGCACAACUCACGGAUGAUUGAAGUUCAGACCAGGAUGGCUGGGCGUGCGCUGGAGCUCCUCUGUCUGCCUGAGGGCCAGCCCUGUUACCUGUUGGAUAUUGGUUGUGGUUCUGGGCUGAGUGGAGACUGUCUCUCGUGUGAAGGGCACUAUUGGGUGGGUGUCGACAUCAGCCCCGCCAUGCUGGACGCAGCCUUGGACCGAGAGAUGGAGGGAGACCUACUUCUUGGGGACAUGGGCCAGGGCCUCCCCUUCAAACCAGGCACCUUUGAUGGUUGUAUCAGCAUUUCUGCUUUGCAGUGGCUCUGCAAUGCUAACAAGAAGUCCGACAUCCCUGCCAAGCGCCUGUACUACUUUUUUUCUUCUCUUUAUUCUGUGCUGGUCCGUGGGGCCCGAGCUGUCCUGCAGCUGUACCCUGAGAACUCAGAGCAGCUGGAGCUGAUCACCAUCCAGGCCAUGAAGGCUGGCUUCACUGGUGGGGUGGUGGUGGACUACCCCAACAGUGCCAAGGCAAAGAAGUUUUACCUCUGUCUGUUUUCUGGGCCAUUGACCGUUAUGCCACCGGGCCUGAAUGGGAACAGUGAUGAAGAGGAGGGGGCCAUGGAGUCUGUGUUCCUGAACGAGAGGAUUCCACAAAGCACUGGAAAGCACAGGGUGAUGUGGAGGAAAAGGCGUGAGUGGGUGCUGGAGAAGAAGGCGCGCUACAGGCGUCAGGGCAAGGCAGUCAGACCUGACACUCAGUACACUGGCCGCAAGCGCAGGCCCCGCUUCUAGGCGUCAGCUGCGUCUGACCGGACAGCUGCGGCCCGCCUCACUGCUGUGCCAGCCAGCCCAGGCAGUUGCCUCAGGGAGAUUUUCUGUGUUCAACUGCUACUUCAUCAGAUAAAACUGUUUUGGAAAAGUACUACAAGUUUUUCUUCACUAAAAAAAGUUAUGAGAGCACUUUAUUUUGUUCUGAAAGCAAUAAAAAAACUUUCUGUGGAA